AUGGACAGACUACUCAUCUGCACCGGACUGGCUCUCUUGCUACAUCUGCAGUUAGGAACAUCGUACAUCCUUUCCUGUUAUUUUACUAGCUGGGCACAGUACCAUUUGGGGGCAGGCAACUAUCUCCCUACCAACAUUGACCCAUGUCUUUGUGACCAUCUCAUCUACGCCUUUGCGGGAAUGGAGCACAACAUGAUCAAAGCCUACGAUCGAAACGAUGAGAAACUCUACGGAGAGUUUCAGGCCUUGAAAAACCAGAACAGCAAACUGAAGACUCUGCUGUCUAUUGGUGGAUGGAACUUUGGCACCCAAAAGUUCACAACAAUGGUUUCCACUGCUGCCCAUCGUCAGACCUUCAUCAAAAGUGUUAUCAGCUUCCUGCGUCACUACCACUUUGAUGGUCUGGAUAUCGACUGGGAGUACCCUGGUUCUCGCGGCUCCCCACCUCAGGAUAAGGAGCGUUUCACGGUCUUGCUACAGGAGUUGAAAAGUGCCUUUGAGGAGGAGGGAAAGAAGACAAACCGUCCUCGUCUGUUGCUGACUGCUGCUGUCUCUGCUCGAAAGGAGACGAUUGACUCUGCAUACCAGAUUGCCCAGAUUGGAGCUGUGCUGGACUACAUCCAUGUUAUGACCUAUGACUUCCAUGGUUCGUGGGAACAUAAUGUUGGAGAGAACAGCCCUCUCUAUAAGGGCCCUAGUGACCAGGGAUCCAUGAUCUACUACAAUGUGGACUAUGCUAUGAAUUACUGGAAGAACAAUGGUGCCCCAGCUGAGAAGCUGCUGGUUGGUUUCCCCACUUUUGGCCACACUUUCCACCUGGCUUCCUCUAACACAACUAUGGGAGCUCCUGCCAAGGGACCUGGACCUGCUGGACAUUUCACUCGUCAGACUGGAUUCUUGGCCUACUACGAGAUCUGCACCUUCCUGAAGGAAGGAGCCACACAGGCUUGGGACAACGCCCAGAACGUGCCCUAUGCCUACAACCAGGGAGUCUGGGUUGGAUAUGACAAUAUUAAGAGCUUCCAGGCAAAGACUGAGUGGUUGAAGCAGAACCGUUUUGGUGGAGCUGUGGUGUGGACUUUGGCUUUGGACGACUUCACCGGCAUGUUUUGCGGCCAGGGGCGAAACCCACUCAUCAACACUCUAAAAAGUGGACUAGGAACUGGAACUUCCUGCAAAGCUCAGCCUAACCCCCCACCUGCAGUCGCACCAAGCCAGCAGCCCAGUGGAGGCAGCACAGGAUCUGGCUUCUGUGCUGGCAAGCAGAACGGACUCUUCCCUGACCCGACCGACAAGAAGAAAUUCUACAAGUGCAACCAAGGACAAACCGACGUCCAGUACUGCACUGCCGGCCAGGUGUUUGAUGACAGCUGCAAAUGCUGCACCCGCUCUCAGUGA